AUGAAUGCAUUGUUUACAAGUCAACCGGAUAAAUCUGAUGAUUACUAUACAAUACUUGGUUGUAAUGAACUUUCCAAUAAAGAUCAAAUUCAAGUUGAAUAUCGUAUAAGAGCACUUCGAUUACAUCCAGAUAAGAAUCAAGAUGACCCCAACACAAUGGACCAAUUUAAACAACUUCAAGAAGCAAAAGAAGUUCUAUCUGAUGAUGUUAAACGUAAAGCAUAUGAUCAUUGGCGAAAUAGUCAUAUAACUAUACCAUGGAAAACAUGGCAAUCAAUCACUGAGCGAAGUCAACCGGUAAGAAAAUACAAUAGAAAAACUUGUGAAGAAAAAAAGUCGAAUGAUGAUGGACGUUUUUUAACGCUUAGAUCAAGUGGAAGACUUGAUGAAUAA